AAGUCUAAUGUGGCUGGUGCCGCGGUAACUGACCAUCCUCCUCGUUCCCCCAUUAUGACACCCACACGUCAUGACUCCCCCCUUGCGCAGAGCUGAUGGGCUCAAAAGAUCAGAUAAAACCCAGUGACCGCCAUAACAGCCCAGCUGUCCUGUGUCGUUGCUACGCAUCCCCGUCUUAAUCUAAUACUACCACUACUACUAACGCGGGACCAUGUCUAACCUUUUGCACAAGGUCAAGGAUGUCGUGACCGGUCAUCAUCACGGCAAGGAGUCCAAGGAUUCCAGCAAGCGCCAGCAUGGCGAUAGCUCGGCUACUGGCGCCUCCGGAUCGAACCCAAGCGCCGGUACCUACGGCUCACAGGAAUAUGCCUCCGGAACUGGUGGUGCCGGCCACCAGGGCCCGACUGAGUAUGGAUCUCAGCCAGCUGCCGGUCAGUACGACUCCGGCACGGGCGAGUAUGGAAGAUCCAAUCCCUCUGGAACCCGUCCGGACACCGCCGAGUAUACUUCCCAACCUGGCGUCGGCAACUAUGGACAAGGCUAUGGUGGCAGCGCACCCGGGGGCAGCAGCUACAACCCUCACCCAGGCUCGGGUCAAUACACCGACGCCUCUAAACUGGGAUCCCAAAUGGAGUCGGAUCCUCGCCAUAUCUCCGGAGGUACGCAACAGCAGCGGUCCCAAUGGUAAAUGGUCGUCAAAUGCCUUUUUAUUCCUUUGAUGACUCUUUGUACUGUAUCCUUCCUUUCGGGUUGACUGUUUAGUACGAUGAUUGAUUUGAUGAUAUGACUUGAUGACUGGGAACUUUAUGGACAGGGUAAAUUGAUCUGGAUUGUAAUGAAUGAAAGUCAGUCUCAAUUGGA